GCAAAUCUCUUAACCAUUCAGACAUCUGAACCAUUAAGAGGCUGAAACAAACAGUCUGAACCAUUAAGUGCUGAACCAUUCAGACAUCUGAACCAUUAAGAGGCUGAAACAAACAGCCCCUAAAUCUACACCCGCAAUUGAAGUGUAUUAUGUUUAAAAUUCUACACUGAUCUGCUCCAAAUUUUCUUACCCACGUCAAAUUUCCGUGAUUCGCCUCCCGCACCUCGUUGACGUACCUGCGCUUUCUUCGUUCAUCGCCGAGGCUCAGCAACGUCGCCACCAUCCUUCUCCUCGUCGCAGGACGUCGACGACCAGGCCGUCUUGCCCCUUUGCGCGCGCGUACUGUAGCGGCAGAUUGGAGCGGAGGUAGCGACGGUUCUCUUUGGUUUGGAUUUCAAUUCUUUUAUCAUCGAGGUGAGUCGUGUUUAUAUGUCUAUUGUUAGCUUUAAUUUGUAGAUUGGAAUCCUUUUCGUAUGAACCUUGCGAUUGAUUGUGAAAUUGGGCUGAUUGUGUGUUGAAUUGAUUGAAUUUGAAUGGGAGGUUUGUUGGGGCUGAUUUCCUGCGUCACGCCGGCGGUUAGCCAGCAGUGGCUCUGGCUGACGUACUGGUCAGUUUAGGCAGGUCCAAUUUGGACCCAAUUGGUCAAAUUGGGUUAGUUCUUGUGCAAUUGGGUUCAGUUGGAUUCAAUUGGGUAUGUCAUUGGAUCAAUUUGGGUUGUAAUCAGGGUUCGUUGUUGGGGGUUGUGAUUUAUGGGUUGUUGUGGGGCCGAUUGGGCCGGUUUGGGGCCGGCUGCCGAGGGGGCAGUGAGGCUGCCGGGCGGUGGGCAGCCGCUUGGAGGGCUUGGUUUGUUGGUUUCUGGGUCGCCGGGUUGGGCCGGCAAGUUUCUGGGCUAAUCCGGCGGAAGUUGUACUGUUUCGGCAAGGCAGCGGGCCUGAGGAUUUAGUCCUUAAUCCUGAAUUCGCGAUACAGGUAAGUUUACUUACUUCUGAUGUUGGGUUUACUAUAUGUUUGAGCAUGACGGUAAACGGAGUUCCGAUGGUUCCGUUGGGCCUACUUGUGAUGUUGAUAUCUUGAAUUGUGAUUUGGAUUGAAUUAAUCUAUUGGUGAUGAAUUGUGGACUAUGAUCAUGUACAGAGAUAGAUCACCUAGUUAGUUAGGCCGGUGUUGACUAAAUUGAAUAUUGUAGUCACCAAUAGGAUUGUUAGGAUUCAAGUACGUACGGAAGUUCACGACCUAUCUUCGGCACCUCUGAGGUAGGAUAUUCAACCCGCCCAUUGGACACCUUCAGUGGGCUUGAGCAUGGCCUCCUAGCACCUCUGGGAGUGUCCAUGACUCUAGUUGUGAGAGUGACUUGUUUGUGAGGAUUUGAAUUGGAAUAUGUUGGAAAUCUUAACCUUAAAGAAUAAUGUUGUCGGUUGUCUGAUUGUGUAUGAAUGUGAUACUGUCUGUGAAUUAAUUCUAGCAUUAGAUAUAUUCUCAGCGUGCAGUCUUUGUUGUCUUUGACUGCAUGCAGGUGUUUUGUUGAAGCUACUCCCAGAGAGCAGCGAGACGGAAGGAGAUGUUCUGGAUGUAGAACUUGAACCAGCUUUUCUUCGUUCUAUGCCAUCUAAGUUACCAGUUCAGAGAGAGGAAGAACCUUUGCCCUGAUACCCGAAGAAGAAGUACAAAAAUUAAAUUUGAAGGAUUCUUACUAUGUCGACCGCAACUUACCCACCCCCACCCCCAUUUUAUAAGUUGUACAAGGACUACGUCAAUGAUCCAAGAUCCGCUCCGGAACCCCCACCUCCUAUUGAGGGCACGUACAUUCUUUAUGGGUGCAAUUACACUACUGAUGAUGUUCUUCCAAGUUUGGAAGAUCAGGGUGUUCGUCAGUUAUACCCGAAAGGACCAAAUAUUGAUUUCAAGAAGGAAUUGAGAUCACUCAAUAGAGAAUUGCAGCUACAUAUAUUGGAGCUUGCUGAUAUUCUAGUGGAGAGGCCAUCACAGUAUGCUCGGAGAGUAGAGGAAAUAUCUCUAAUCUUCAAGAACUUGCAUCACCUUCUCAAUUCAUUACGUCCCCACCAGGCCAGAGCAACCCUUAUCCAUAUCCUAGAAUGUCAGAUACAGCGGCGUAAGCAAGCCGUGGAGGACAUUAAAAGGUAUGCAAUAUUUGCAAGUGUUGGGGUAAUAUACAUGUAGCCCGUCUCUUUAUGUCGCGAAAGAAUUAGAUGGUGAAAAAUGUAAAAUGUUGCUGUAGAGAAAAGUAAAUUCUCGAAGUAUGUGUUACAGGAGGGAAUGAAUCAGAUGUCGAGCCGUUAAAUCAUGUUUGCUUCUCCAAUCCUUUCAUUUAUUUUAUCCCCCCCCCCAAAGUAGAUAGAUUUCUCAAUGUCCUCACCAGUAAAGACAUUUGUCUGUGUGCAGAAGAAGAGAAGAAGCACAGAAACUUCUCAAGGAGGCGGUGGGGAUCCUAGCGGGGCAGUAAGCUUUGGAAAUCAUUAGAAGGGCUUGAAGAACACGUAUUAAGGGCAUGGUGUCCUUCAAACAAUGUGUAAUAGACCCUUAGCUUGGUCAUGCAAAGCUACUACACCCAUGUAUGAUCUUGAAGAGGAGAGCUAAGAAUUGACUCUAGAUGGAAUCAGAUAUAUUAGGCCUAGUGAUGUGAAAAUGUACCAAUUGUGACCUUUUGAAUCCUUAAAGAGGCCGGGGGAGAGGUGUUUGGAGACUAAAGUUGGCAUCAAUAAGUUUAUGAUGAAUAUACUUUGUACUGAUUAAGAAAACUUUAGGGUACUUAGUUUGUUGUUUGUGUAAGACCAUUUGACCCUAAACUAUAGUGUAAGUGGGGUUGAGG